UUGAUCUGCAGGACGGUGGCACUAAGUGAGGGUCCGUGCAAGCGCUUCUGAUCAGCAGGAUGGGGUUCUGGGGGUUCCUGAAGACUCAGUUUGUGGUGCACCUCCUCAUUGGCUUUGUGUUUGUUGUGAGCGGCCUGAUAAUCAACUUCCUGCAGCUCUGCACCCUGCCUCUAUGGGGCAUCAACAAGCCGCUGUACCGCAGGGUGAACUGCCGUAUGUCCUACCUGCUAUGGAGCCAGCUGGUGAUGCUGUUGGAGUGGUGGUCCGGCACCCAGUGCACCCUCUUCACUGACCAGGAGACCAUCGACCACUUUGGGAAGGAGCACGUGAUCAUCAUCCUCAAUCACAACUACGAAAUCGACUUCCUGUGCGGCUGGACUAUGUGCGAGCGCUACGGCGUCCUGGGGAGCUCCAAGGUACUGGCAAAGAAGGAGCUGCUGAUGGUGCCGCUGAUUGGCUGGACCUGGUACUUCCUGGAAAUCGUAUUCUGCAAGCGGAAGUGGGAAGAGGACAGGGACAUGGUGAUCCAGGGGCUCCGGAACCUCAGGGACUACCCAGAGUACAUGUGGUUCCUGCUGUACUGCGAGGGCACCCGAUUCACAGAGACCAAGCACAAAAUCAGCAUGGAGGUGGCGGAUAAGAAAGGCCUCGCCCGCCUCAAACAUCAUCUCUUGCCUCGUACCAGAGGCUUCACUACUGCAGUCCAGUGUCUGAGGGGAACAGUCUCGGCGGUGUACGACGUAACGUUAAAUUUCCGUGGGAAUAAGAAUCCGUCCCUGCUGGGAAUUCUGUAUGGGAAGAAGUAUGAGGCUGAUAUGUGUGUAAGGCGCUUCCCCUUGGAGGAGAUUCCCGAGGAUGAGCAAAAGGCAGCUGAUUGGCUGCACAAGCUGUACCAGGAGAAGGAUGCUUUGCAGGAGCAGUACAUUCAGGAGGGGACCUUCCCAGGAACCCAGAUUGUGCCCCCCAGGCGGCCUUGGACCCUACUGAACUUUUUAUUCUGGGCUACGCUUCUCUUAUCCCCUCUUUUCUCAUUCGCCAUCGGGAUCUUUGCCAGCGGAUCUCCCCUUCUGAUCCUUUCCUUCAUGGGCUUUAUGUGGACAGCCUCAUUCGCAGUGCGGCGCCUGAUAGGUGUGACGGAGAUCGAGCGGGGAUCAAGUUAUGGGAACCACGAGGUGAAGAAGUCGAUUUAGCCGCAGGAAAACGCUGGGACGUCCUGGACUUUAUCUUUUUAUUUCUUACUAACAUGAACUGAGGAGGAGGAAGCUCAUCGGGGGCCGCCGCCCACACAGUGACAUUAAGAGCCAAUAGGAUCCCGCCAUUACAUAGGCGCAAGCAAACCUGCUUACUGCCCGCAACACCAGUGACCGUAUUAAUUCCACUUCAUGCCGCACAUCCCAUAAUGCCCUGUAACCACUCCCGCUGCGCAGCACCCAGGGGGCUCCAGCCAUAGAAUAACCCGGCCGCGCACCUCUCUGAGCCAGACCCCCCACCUUCUGAGAUCCUCUGGGCAACAUUGGGGCCACAGGAGCCCUCCGGGCCGCCCAGCAUUUCCUCUGCAUGAAUGUAAUCCGUACCAAUCCGCUCUCCUCUGCAUGGAGCAAAGCAUGCUGGGACUGCGGCGGGAUAGAGUGCUAGAGCCGCAGAGGAGUGUGCAAGCGCUCUAUUUGUGCUCACACAUAAUACCAGGGGCGUCGGGCUUUUCUGAGGUACAACAUUUGGUUAGGCCCCGCCCCUUUCCCUUAUAUUGCCCCCACCUUAGCAACUAUUCCAAGAAUGUGGGGUGCUCAUCCCAAUGGACCCACAAACUGGGCUUCCAGGACUGUCUAGGAGAACAAAUAGGCACCCCCCCCCCCCCCAAAUCUCACCCACACUGGCUCUGAGUCAUGGGACCCCCCUAUUGCUACACAGUCACAUGACUAGGUACUACACAGGGCAAGCUCAUACGCACACACGGGGAAGGGGGUGCACGGAUUGCACCAGUGUCCCCCCCCCCAUACUUUAGUAUUCGCUGAGUGGGAGGCGGGCUUAUAUUCACUCGGGAGGGUGAGGCCAGGAACAUGGCACUGUAGCACGGUGGGGGGGGCUCUAACAUGUAUGGGCACAGGGUACUGAUGGGGGGGGGGGGGCAUGUGUGCAAACUAUGAUUGUUAUAGGAAACCCAUUAGAAACAAAUAGCCAAUGGUAGCUACCUGCAGGUAUAGCCCCUCCCACACCUGGGCCACCUCCUCUAAUCCUUUGGAAAGGGAACACAGGGGGUACAACCAAGUGUGGGGGGGGGCAUUCCCAGAGACCUGCCACGUGGCCCCCUUAUGAGUUAUGUGGCCCCUGUAGGGUUAGAUGUUGCCUCUGCCUGAGGAGAACGGAAGCUUUAGAUUGAGGUGUCGGACAUCAUCAUGUGCUAAUUAUCACGGCGUAUCCCCCUCCCAUAGGGACUGGUGUGGGGCUCGUCCUGUGGGCUUACACGUGUGUGUGUGUGUGUGUGUGUGUGUGUGUGUGUGUGUGUGUGUGUGUGUGUGU